UCGUAGUAGAAUGCGGAUUGCAAAGCUAACAAGAAUAGCUAGCUACCAAGCUAAAAACAAGGUUAUAGUGGUUCCACUUUAAACACAUAAAAUGUCCAAAACACACACACAGCCCUCAUCGUCUUCGGCAGCAACGACCACCGGAGGAGCGUCCACCUCCUCCUCGCCUUCGCCCGCCGGGGGCUCGACAUCUCCCGCCACCGUGUUGAACGUACAGCCCGAGAAACCUCAACAUUACACAUAUCUGAAGGAGUUCCGGACCGAACAGUGCCCUCUGUUUGUCCAGCACAAAUGUACACAGCAUAGGCCCUUCUCAUGUUUCCACUGGCACUUUCUGAACCAGCGGAGGAGGAGACCCAUGAGAAGAAGAGAUGGGACCUUCAACUACAGCCCCGACGUGUACUGUACCAAAUAUGAUGAGGGCUCCGGCACUUGUCCAGACGGAGAUGAAUGCCCGUUCCUUCACAGGACAGCAGGAGACACCGAGCGCAGAUACCACCUGCGGUAUUACAAAACGGGCUCAUGUAUUCACGAAACCGACUCCAAAGGCCACUGCAGCAAGAACGGCUCCCACUGCGCUUUUGCUCACGGUUCACACGACCUGCGGAGCCCUGUUUAUGACAUCAGGGAGCUGCAGGUGAUCGAGUCUCAGGGGGGCUCCGGGACAGCAGAGGGGGGAGGGGGAGGAGGAGGAGGAGGGGACGGCCAGUCGGGACAAGCAGCCAGCACCGCCCUUAUAGAGAAGAUACUGAGCGAAGAACCCCGCUGGCAAGAUAACAACUAUGUCCUGUCCCACUACAAAACUGAACUGUGUAAGAAACCUCCUCGCCUCUGUCGCCAAGGUUACGCCUGCCCCUACUACCACAACAGCAAAGACCGGAGACGCAGCCCACACAAGCACAAAUACAGAGCACUGCCAUGUCCGUCGGUGAAGCAAAGUGAGGAGUGGGGGGAUCCCAGUAAAUGUGAGGGGGCAGAGGGCUGUCAGUACUGCCACACCCGCACCGAGCAGCAGUUUCACCCAGAGAUCUAUAAAUCCACAAAGUGUAACGACAUGCAGCAGUCCGGCAGCUGCCCAAGAGGACCCUUCUGUGCCUUUGCCCAUGUAGAAAAGCCUUUGGGCCCAGAGGACUCUCCGGCCUCCUGCCCCACACCCGGCUCUCCUCCGGUGCCUCGACCUCCGGACCCCCUGCCCGCCCUAGAGCCUCCGUCCAGCCCCGGGGGAGUCAGCGCAGGGAUCGGGUCUGCCAUGGACCACUUCUCCCCUGCCAUGGGCUCCUUGGUCCCAGAGCAGGGGCUUCUGGGUAGUGUGGUGUCGCUGUGUGAGGAGGUGGGCGGGCCUGAUGUGCUGUCUCCGUGGGCGGGGGAAGGCGGGUACGGGAGGGCGCCUGGGUUCGAGAGGGAAGAUCAGGCCAAGCAAAGGGGCUUUGCUCUUGAGCGCAGCAAAGACAUGUCCUCAGCACAGAGCAAACAGGACCUGUUGGUGUUUUUACCGGUGGGCAGUCCGCUCAGUCUCUCCUCCAGUAUUCCCUCCAGUCUGGCAGCCACACCUCCCAGCCCCGCUCCUCUGGGCCCCCCCGGACCCUCCUUCUCCUCGGGAAUGAACGCCAACGCCCUGCCCUUCUACCCCACCAGCGAAACGGUGGAGUCUGUAGUUGAAUCCGCCCUGGAUGAUCUAGACCUGAAUGAUUUUGGUGUGUCAGCGCUGGAGAGGAGUUUAGAAAGCAGCGUGGGGGUCAUGAUAGGAGGUAGCCAGCUUCAGAGUUCAGCUCCCGUCAAUAUUCCAGGCUCCUUCAGCAGCUCCGCCCCCUUUGGCUCGCCCUCGCCUUCUCCACCAAUCAGAGCGCACGCUUCACCGUUCUUAGCCUCACAUUUAUCUAAUCCUGGCCAAUCAGAAAGCCCUUUUCUAGGACCGUCCCAUAGCUCUUUAGGUUUGAAUGGUAUGAAUAGCAAUAUUUGGGAGCACUUUCCAUCUGGGCAGGGAUCUCCUGGGACCCCUCCAACCCUCCUGCCCUCAGCCCCGUGUCCUGAGACAGUGAGGCUCAAACAGGAGCUGGAUGAAGCCCACCGAGCGCUCAAGCAGUGGGGCCACAGCUGGAGGCACACAGCUCAGUCGUGGGCAGCUAUGAAGGCGGAAGCCGAGGAGUCCCGAGCCCAUGCGGCGCGGUUAGCCAUGGAAGCAGAGCGGGCCAAACAGGCAGAGGAGGAGGCACAGAGGCAGGCCGCCCUCCUCCAGGAGGCCUUGGAGAGCCUGCGCAGAGGAGAGAACCCUCACCUAGAUGUGCACCAGCUGCAGCUGCUGCACAGGCUGCCCUUGGAGUCUGUGCUGAGCCUGCAGGCCCAGCUCUGCACUUGCCUACAUGCAGUGGAACAGGUGGUGUACCGUAAGCAGCGUCAGUGCUGUGUGUCGUGUGGGGAGCCAGGCUCACAGUCUCUGCCCUGUGGACAUGGACUUCAGUGUGAGAGCUGCUCCUCCUCCACAGAGUGCCCCAUGUGCCCUGAACAUAAACAGGAGCAGAAGCAGCAGCAGCAGCCUCCUCAGCCCCUCUCCUGACCCCCACACACCCCACCACCUCCUCCUCAUGAUCCACACCAGCCACGCACUGCAGUCCAGCUCUUUUUAUAACCACCUUUUUAUUCAUCAGACUGGGCCGUGGCUGCAAGGUCAACUGCAAAGUCCAAUGUAUACUUUUCAACUUAGCUUCUUUCAAAUUCCCAGUGUUACUCAUGGAACAGCACAACAUUUGACUGUGUAUUGUUCUUGACCAGCAGCACUGUUUGUAUUAACUUGUCAUCAUUUAAACAAAUCUUAAUAUCUAUUCCAUUGAUAUUUGAACAGUGAUUCUAUUUAAUCUUAAAGGGCCAAUGCUACAGGAUAAUGUCUGCUUAGGUUUUAGGUCAUUUAUAGUGAAGGUUAUGAGUCCAAUACAGUUGUCUGCAGACUGCAUUAUGGGAGCAACUUGACAAAAUAACAUUUGAAGGUUUUCUCCGUAAACCGUUCAUAUAUAUUCUCAAUACAGAGGAUGGCUGUCCAUAAUGUGGUCUGUGCGUAAUAAUAACCAAAUAAUACAACUAAUUGCACUGAUUUUUGUAAAGAAACUAAUGCUUGUAGAAAAUGGUUUUAGCAUUAAUAAUGAACUGAUAAUAAGAACAGAAGGUAAAUGAAAUGUGUAUGAGAUCAUGCAGACUAUAUUGUUCUAAUGCUACAGCCAAAGGGGGCCCUCCUACCAGACAACUGGUAGCACUUCUGUGGACUUACAUGUUUAAUUUCAUUUUUAUAUUACUUAGUUUAGUCUAAAUGAAAAUUAAUGUGUUACAAUAACAUAUUUAAAUGUAGUAUUUGUUUUGCUAUACAACAGACGGCCUCUGUUAAUACACUCAGGUUUUCUCAAGAAGAAAGCAUGUUAACACAAUCAAGGCAAAUGUACUCAAACUUGUGUAGUCUUUGAAAUUACCUUUUUUACUUUACAUUUUACAUAUACAUUUAAAAAUACAUUUUGAUUUUCUGGCUCUUGUUUUGUGUUCAAUUAAUAUGUGACAGUUUAAUCUGCCAAAUCUUGACAUUUGUAGUAAUCUUUGACAUUUUACAUUGUGUCAAAAGUAGUCUAAUAUAUAUAUUAUAUAUAUAUAUAUAUAUAUAAAACUCUCCAUAGUCCCGUGCUGUCAUACUUAUCUGUUGCACUGAGAAGAGAAGCAUCAGUCAGGACGCAGCGGCAGAUGUCAAAGUGUUUCAUGAUCACUGUGAUGUAACUUCAUACUGUCCACCACACUUCAUCAUCACCAGUGUUUGCCUCUGAGUGGAGUUCCUUUGUUUUUGGUACAGACCAGUCAAAUAAAUGGUAUAUUUUUGGAGGAA